GGCGCGUGAGCCCCGCAGCAGCCGCCGCCCGCAGCGCGCUCGGGCUCAGCGCAGUGUCCUGGCCCCGGUGCCCGCAGGUGCCUCCUCCUGGACGGCGGCAGCGGCGGCGCGAGGAGCCAGUGGGCUGCAGCGCGAUGGGACCUCUUCGGGAGACCAAGAAGGAGCAGAGAGUGCAGCAUCACGAAAAGGAGAUUUCCCGAAGCCGGAUUCCCCGUUUGAUUCUUCGGCCCCACCUGCCUCAGCAACAGCACAAAGUGUCCCCAGCCUCUGAGUCUCCCUUCUCAGAGGAAGAGAGCAGAGAGUUCAACCCCAGCAGCUCUGGGCGUUCAGCGAGGACCGUUAGCAGCAACAGCUUCUGCUCAGAUGACACAGGCUGUCCUAGUAGUCAGUCAGUUUCUCCUGUGAAGACGCCCUCGGAUGCUGGAAACAGCCCUAUUGGCUUUUGCCCUGGAAGUGAUGAAGACUUUACCAGAAAGAAAUGCACAGCUGGAAUGGUUGGUGAGGGCAUCAUCCAGUCAGCUCGAUAUAAGAAGGAACCAAAGUCAGGCCUUGUAAAGCCAGCACACAGGGACCGGUGUGUGUCGAGGGCACAAUCAACAUUUGUUGACCUCAACAGCAAAGGUAGUGAAGCCGAUUUCAGCUCCUCCAGCAGCACGGGCAGCAUCUCGGCGCCUGAGGUCCACAUGUCUGCUGCCGGAAGCAAGAGAUCCUCUUUCCCACGCAAUCGAGGUCCCCAUGGGCGGAGCAAUGGAGCAUCAUCCUACAAGCCUGGCAACAGCCCUCCCUCCCCUCGGGAGAAGGACCUUCUGUCCAUGUUGUGCAGGAAUCAGCUGAGUCCCAUAAACACCCAUCCCAGUUAUGCACCUUCUUCCCCCAGUAGCAGCAACUCCGGCUCCUACAAAGGAAGUGACUGCAGCCCCAUCCUGAGGCGGUCUGGAAGGUACAUGUCCUGUGGUGAAAAUCAUGGUGUCAAACCCCCAAAUCCAGAGCAGUAUCUGACUCCUCUGCAGCAGAAGGAGGUAACAGUGAGACACCUGAAGACCAAGCUCAAGGAAUCUGAGCGCAGACUGCACGAGAGGGAGAGUGAGAUUGUGGAGCUGAAGUCCCAGCUGGCCCGGAUGCGGGAAGACUGGAUUGAAGAAGAGUGCCACCGGGUGGAGGCCCAGCUGGCCCUCAAGGAGGCCAGGAAGGAGAUUAAACAGCUCAAACAGGUCAUUGAAACUAUGAGGAGCAGCUUGGCAGAUAAAGACAAAGGCAUCCAGAAAUAUUUUGUGGACAUAAACAUUCAAAACAAGAAGUUGGAGUCUCUGCUUCAGAGCAUGGAGAUGGCACACAGUGGCUCUCUGAGGGACGAGCUGUGUCUAGACUUUCCCUGUGACUCCCCAGAGAAGGGCUUAGCCCUCAGCAUGGCUUUUGGCAAGUCCACCGAUGGGCUGUCUCCCGAAGAGCCAGUUCCAGAGGCAGGGGCCGCCGACGAGCUGCUGGUGAGAGAUGGCAUGGCCAAUGGCACAGAUUUGUUUGAUGAGAUGGUGACAGCCACCACCACGGAGGCCGGCGACCUGGAGCUUCUUCAUUCCAGCUGUGGGGCGAAGGUCCUUGAGAUGGUGCUCCCUGCAGGGAGUCAUCAGGAAGCGAGCAGCCCGGUGGCGGAGCAGGCGGUGCAGACCGACGUGGUGCCCUACAGCCCUGCCCUCUCUGAGCUCAUCCAGUAUGUGCUCAAGCUCCAGGACCCCUGUCCCUCCGGCUCCACAUCCCCCGAGGAUGAGUCCGGGGCUGACUCGACCGAAAGCUUCCUGGAGUCCAUCUCUGCAUUUGUGGUUGAUUUAACCCCGAGAAAUCCUAACUCAGCCAUCCUUUUGUCUCCCGUGGAGACCCCGUCGGCCUCGGUGGCGCUGCAGGUGCGCGGGAACCGCCUUAUGGGAGAGCUGGAUUUUGCAGGCUCCGCGGAAGAACCGUUGGACAGCCUCGUCCCGGUGUCGCACGGGGCCGUGGGCAGGCGGUACUGGAGCAGCAGUUUCCUGGUGGAUCUCCUGGCUGUGGCGGCUCCCGUGGUCCCCACUGUGCUGUGGGCCUUCAGUACUCAGAGAGGGGGAACAGAUCCCGUCUACAACAUCGGGGCUUUGCUGCGGGGCUGCUGCGUGGUGGCCCUGCACUCGCUCCGCCGCACCACCUAUCAUAUCAAAACCUAAAGAGAAGAUGUCGUGUCCCUGUGCCAAUCUGUCCCGUGUGGCCUGGAGCCAGGUGGAGAAACAGCGGGUCGCCUGGUAGCGGUCUCCUUCGGUUUUUGCCCCUCGGUAUUUGAUUUGCACUAUAUUUAGUUGAAGCCUGUUCACUGCUGAAAACCAGAGGUAUCUUCAAAGGCAUGGAGACCUGGUUCCAGUAAAUGUCCCACCAGUGUGAUAUAGAAAGCAUGCUCGUGACCCUGCCGCAUCGUCUGAGGUACCCGUGCUUAUCCUAGUGGUUCAGGAAGAGAAAAUGCAAAGUUUGCACUUUCCAGACAGCUUCUGUAAGGCUGGCAUGUUAUCUCCUUGCUUUGCUUUGUGCCGUUUUAAAAUGUGUAAUUGUUACAGCAUUCCAGUGGUCUUGUGCAUAGCAGGGGACUGUAACCAAAAAUAAAAAUGUAUUUGUGUAAUUGAUUUGAAGAAGUCUUGAAUAGCUCUUUAGUGUCUUACUUGAGAUUGAUAAGAUUUGAGCAUUUUCAGUUUUUUACUAAAUGUGUGUAGCUGCAAGUCUUAAAUGGCUUAUCUGUUCUUCAACCUGUUAAUUGAUUAAACUAUUUAAGUUUACAUUGUAUUAACUUAUUUUUUGCUUAUUAUAUAUGAUGUUUUAUUGAAAAUUGUUUGUAACGAGAUACUUCAGCAUGAUGAAAAUAAAGAUUAGUGUUUCCCUUUAAAUAAACAUUUUAUCCUCCUAUAAAA